AGCAAAUCACACAUUUGAUCAACUAGCGCCAUCUAUUGCAAUUAAGAAACAAUGAUGUGAUUACUGAUAAAAUUCCAAAAGUUAGCAGCCCCUAUAUUUUUCAUCGCUUUAUUCGGGGAAAAUUAAAUAAUUUAAUUUAAAAGUAAUACAAGUGUUUAAGAAGUUCUAAUUACGUAAAUUAAAGUACAUAAAAAUGGUGUGGGGAUUUCAAACGUGUGGACCUAAUGAAGCAUUAGUAGUUUCAGGAUGUUGUCAUAUGAAGCCACUUCUUGUUCCUGGUGGUCGUGCAUUUGUUUGGCCAGCUGUUCAACGGGUUCAGCGAAUUUCUCUGAACACGAUGACAUUGCAAGUAGAAUCUCCGACUGUAUACACGUCACAGGGCGUACCCAUAAGUGUUACAGGAAUAGCACAAGUUAAGAUUCAAGGUCAAAAUGAAGAUAUGCUCUUGACUGCAUGCGAGCAGUUUUUGGGAAAAUCAGAAUCUGAAAUCCAACACAUUGCAUUGGUGACACUAGAAGGUCAUCAACGUGCCAUAAUGGGUUCUAUGACUGUCGAGGAGAUCUACAAAGACCGCAAAAAGUUCUCAAAACAGGUUUUCGAAGUUGCCUCAUCAGAUCUUGUUAACAUGGGAAUCACUGUCGUCUCAUACACAUUAAAGGAUAUCCGCGACGAAGAGGGUGCAAAGGGAUACUUAAAAUCACUUGGUAUGGCUCGAACAGCAGAAGUAAAAAGAGAUGCACGUAUCGGAGAGGCUGAAGCACGAUGUGAUGCUACAAUUAAGGAAGCUAUAGCUGAGGAACAAAGAAUGGCUGCAAGAUUCCUCAAUGAUACAGAUAUUGCUAAAGCACAACGUGACUUUGAGUUGAAGAAAGCAGCAUACGACGUUGAAGUUCAAACGAAGAAAGCAGAAGCUGAGAUGGCCUACGAAUUACAAGCUGCCAAAACAAAACAGAGAAUUAAGGAGGAACAAAUGCAAGUUAAAGUUAUUGAACGUACACAGGAAAUCCAAGUCGCACAACAAGAAAUGUUGCGACGUGAACGAGAAUUAGAAGCAACUGUUCGACGACCAGCAGAAGCUGAAAAAUUCAGACUUGAAAAAUUAGCUGAAGCAAAUAAGAAUCGUGUAAUCUUAGAAGCCGAAGCAGAAGCUGAAUCUAUCAAAAUUCGCGGAGAAGCUGAAUCAUUUGCAAUUCAUGCCAAAGCUAAAGCUGAAGCCGAACAAAUGGCAAAGAAAGCCGAAGCCUACAAAGAAUAUCGUGAAGCUGCCAUGAUUGAAAUGUUGCUUGAUACAUUGCCUAAAGUUGCUGCUGAAGUUGCUGCACCAUUAUCGCAGACCAAGAAGAUUACAAUGGUAUCAAGUGGUAAUAGUGAAGUCGGUGCAUCUAAAUUAACAGGCGAAGUUUUGGCCAUUGUCGGAAAGAUUCCAGAACUUGUUAAGCAAAUGACCAACAUCGACAUCUCUAGGUCUGUGCAUGCUGGCUAAAUAAGUGGUAACGAUGAGAAUGAAAUACAUUCUACCAUUCACAUUGUUGAUUGUGUGUAGUAAAUGGUAGACCAAAACAAAAAUUUUCUUUCCGUUUUUUCGAAACAAUUUUGUGUAAAGAUUUGUGUCUUUUAAAAAAGAAUAUUAAAAUAUUGUUAAGGUGAGUCAUCGAUGAGGAAAGGAUAAAAUUAACGAUUGACUUGUGUUUUUCAUUAAGAACUAUUAUAUAAUUAAUAGAUGAUAUUAAAUUGCACUCACUGGUUUUUCAUGAUUUAUUCCAAGAUGGAACCACCACAAUUAAAAUCAAUUUUUAUGUUAUUUAAUUAAAAUUUAUUCAAUACUACAUAAACGUAACAUUCAUAAAUUGCAUUUUAUUUUACAACACUAACAGAUUUAUAGAAGAUUGUGAGCACAUUAAACCGUAAAAAUCCCAUCAAUAAGACUUUAUUAGCAUAAAGUUUAUAAAUUUAAAUAACAACGGAUAUGUUCCCUAUAAUGACUGGUUCAUUACUUAUUCAAAGCAUACAAUAUUUAAGAAUGUCAAAAUAUGAGUAAUGGGCUAUUUAUAAACAUUAAACGAAAGUAAUUCACGCCAUUCAAAAUUCCUGCUAUUUACUCCGUACAUUCUAUCGUAACCCUUGACCAUUUUAAUGGAUAUUCAAUGUAGAAUCGUAGGUAAAGUCAUGGAAACUAUUAAUUUUAGUGUUUGUGUUCAUAAGUGAGCAGUUAAAGUCUAUGGAAUUUUGUUGCAUCUUUAGUUCCCGUUUCAAAAGUGUGGCUUCACAUGAUCAUCAUAUAUUUCAAUUUUUCAACGGAAAUUUUCACUUUUCACUGGAAAUUACAAUGCGAAAGAAGUGUGUCAUUUCAAGGUCGUCUAUGUUUACACUUUUUGCAUUAUUGUCAAGGUCAUGUUUCACAACUUAUGUCCAUUGCUCAGACAAGCUUGAUAAAAAUAAAUGAUUGAUUGUCGUUCGUCCCACACAAAAGGAAAGUUUGAGCUGACAUUAUGAUAAAAUAUGAAUGAUUCCAGGUCAGAAUCGGAAGAUGAUAUUCAAGACCCUUUUGACAAUGUGCUUUUGUCGAGAAUUGAUUUGAUUCAAACAGAUUUGAACGUUCUUAAUUAUAGAAUAAUUGAAGAAAAAAAAACACUUGCGAAAAUGAAGUAACUCACAAUCAUCUAUAAGUCAGUACACAUAAACAGCAGAAAAUAAACAAAUAUCUUUUCCUUGAAUCUCUGUGCUGCCACUAUUUUCACAAAAUAAUAUAAGAUAUUAAUAUACUAGAUUCAAAAAGUUUAUUUCGAGGAAAAAAUGAUCAAAAUAUUUCUUGGUCAAAAGUUUGAUUGAUCUUUUUUGACCAAAGAAGCUUUACGAAUGGUAAAUUAAUUUCAAUUUUACCUCCUCGAAUCAUCUAAAAAGAUAAAUUUUUUACAAUGAAAAGCCCG